GGAGAAAGGAUUUUGAGGAGGGGACUCCACGGCUUCUGAGUUGCUGACUGACCCUUCACCUCAGAGGUAGUUCUGACGGUGUCUCAGUUUUGCAGAUGAAGAUGAGAUUCUUCAGUUCUCCAUGUGGAAAAGCAGCUGUGGACCCAGCCGACCGCUGUAAGGAGGUACAGCAGAUCCGCGACCAGCACCCCAGCAAAAUCCCGGUGAUCAUCGAGCGCUACAAGGGUGAGAAGCAGCUGCCCGUCCUGGACAAGACCAAGUUUUUGGUCCCGGACCAUGUCAACAUGAGCGAGUUGGUCAAGAUCAUCCGGCGCCGCCUGCAGCUGAACCCCACGCAGGCCUUCUUCCUGCUGGUGAACCAGCACAGCAUGGUGAGUGUGUCCACGCCCAUCGCGGACAUCUACGAGCAGGAGAAAGACGAGGACGGCUUCCUCUACAUGGUCUACGCCUCCCAGGAAACCUUCGGCUUCUGAGCCAGCAGUAGGGGGGUCGGCCUGGGAGUUGGGGGGCCCCGGUCAGGCCCUGCCCAGAGAGCUCCUGGUUCCUGAACUGAGCUGCCUCUGCCGUGGUGGGCUGGGCAGGCAUGUGCCCCCCUAGUCAGAGGGCACCAACCCACCUACUCUGCCCCUGGGUGGAUCCUGGGCCGGUCAUGUUAGGGUUGUCCCUCUGGCUGCUGGCUGGGCUGGGGGAGGGUGGGGAGCAGCUCCCAGCACCCCUGCUGUGUGGUUCAUCUUUUUUUUAGGCCCCUGCCUGUCUGCCCAUCUGCCCCUCACCCACCCGAGGCUCUGCCCACCGCCUGGACCUGCGCACCCCUGAAAGACUGGCCCCUGGCUCCCCACCCCUUGGUCUCCACGUGGUGUAUGGAUCUGUGGUCAUUGUCCCUCUGCAGAAUAAAGAUUGCUCAGGCCUGCCUGGC